AUGAAGUCCUACAACUAUUCUUAUGUACUCGUUACUGGAGCCACAGGUUUCAUCGGAGCACACGUUCUCGAUGAUCUCCUAUCGAGAGAAGGUAUCAGAGUCCGUAUAGCGGUACGCAGCCAGGCAAAGGGCGAUGCACUGCGCCAAGCUCGAUCACAACGCGCCACCGAUAUCGACAUUGUCCUCAUUGAAGAUUUCAAGGAGGCCUCUGCGUCUCUAGAUCGCGCAGUUGAAGGUGUCGAUGGUAUUAUUCACGUUGCUAGUCCUUUCACCUACGACAUCCAGGACAACAAGCGCGAUCUGGUUCUGCCUGCAAUCAACGGUAUCAAGACACUCCUGCAAUCAGCAGCCAAAAUCGACAGCGUGAAGCGAAUCGUGAUAACUUCGUCCUUUGCAGCCGUCGUGGACAUUGAGCGAAAAGCGCCGCCGGCGUUCGAAUAUACUUCGAGAGAUUGGAACCCCCAAACAUAUGAGGAGUCUAUCGACCACAAGAGCACACCUGUUGUUGCAUACAGGGGAUCCAAAAAGUUUGCAGAGCUCGCAGCAUGGGAAUUUGUUGAAGAACAAAAGCCGCAUUUCGACAUUGUCACUCUGUGCCCACCUAUGACCUUUGGUCCCCCUGUCCACCCGAUGACCGACGUCUCCCAGCUCAAUGAGAGUAAUGCAACGCUCUGGCAAGUGGCCAAGGGUGAACUGCCUGUUGCUCGGGUCCCAUUCUGGAUUGACGGUCGAGACCUUGCUAGAGCCCAUGUUGAGGCAUUACUGCGACCAGAAGCUGGCAAUAAACGCUAUACUGUCGCCGCACCGGAACGCUUUUCGUACCAAAUAGUGGCCGACAUAAUCAGGGCUCAGUUCGCUUGGGCAAAGGAGUCACACGCAAAGCAAGAAAUUGAUCGGUCUCACAGCCUUGACGGACACACGGCAGCCAAAGAGCUAGGAUUGACGUACCGAUCGUUUGAAGAAACCGUGGUUCAGACGAUACAGCAAAUCAUCGAAAUAGGAGGACUGUCAGCGCCGGAAUGA